UCCAUUUUAACAGUCACAUGAAAAAUAAAGAAUAAGUGCUUAAAUAAGUCUAUGAAAGUAAUUUAUAAUUUAAAUUUAGAUGAUAAUAAAGUAUUUGGCAAAAAAAAUAAGCCAAGAAACUAAGAACCUAAUAUGUUUGAUAUGAUGAAAUGGCCAGUCGAGUAGGAUGAACCAUGGGAUUUCAAGAAGAAAAUAUAGGUUGAAAGAGAGCCUGAAACAAAAAAAUUAAUAACAAGAAUAAAUCAUGAGAAUUCACCUUGGUUAACUGAAAAUAAAGAUAAUUUCAGAAAAAUUGAAAAAUUAAAAGUUGAAGAUUCACAAAUCCUUGUAUAAAGUAUAUAAGCAUUCUUACAAUUAUUUAGAAUUGGAUGAAAAAACUAUUAAAAAUAUUGCAAAAUCCUGCGAUUGCCGUAAUCCCUAAUAAUUACCUAAUCCAUAAAUUCAAUUAUAGGAAGAUUUAAAUAAUCAGUAUAAAUUACCUGUUUAAUGGAAUCCUAAAUUAUAAUCAGCAUAUCGAGAUAAUUACCUCGUCAAAGAUAUUAAAGAUACAAAUGAGUUAAUGUAUUAGUUAGAAUAAAAUAAUAAAAAUUUCAAAGGAGAAUAUAAGGUUUAGCAUCCCUUUAGUGGAUUUUAUUAUGAAGAUUCUAAGAAAGAUGAAGAAGAAGUAAUCUCAUCUGAAGAAGAGGAUUAAGAUAAUGAAGAAGAAGAUGAUCAAUAAAAAAAGAUGAAUACUAAAUUUAUUAAAAAAGCUAAGACUCUUGAUCCUAAUAAUCCUGAAGAUGCAGCAAAAUUACAAAGGAGAAAAGACAGAAUUAAGAAAUUUCAAGGAGAAACCAGAUGGAUAGCUGAUAGUGCUUUCACUACGUACUUUGGAAAACCUGCUUGGGGUCCCUAUGGAUUCAACAAUAUUAAUCCAUCUGUUGGAGGUAUAGUGUAUGGAUAACAUAUGCUUUCUCAUAAUGUCCAACCUCAUAGGAAUAAAAAUGAUCCAUUUUAUAUCUAAACCUAUUAGAAUGCAUUAAGAAAAGGAGCUGCAGUAGCUAAUGUUGAACCUGAACCUCCAAGAAAUUGUAGAGAAGAAGACAGGUUGAACCCUGAAUAAGUAGAAGCUUAAAAAUUAAGAAAUUAAUUGACUCCAUAACCUUAUUCAGAAUUGAAAAAGAAAUUAGAUUCAAAAGGAAAAUCGACAAUUCCUGAAUUUAAUAUUAAAAAGCCAGAAUUAACCAAUACUUUAAGAUUUGCUUCCGAAGCAGGCAGUGUUUAAGGAGAAUCUUAAAUCUAAGAUAAAUAAGAAAAGUAAUAAAGAAAACAAAAAGGAGACAAAAGACCUUAAUCAGUUAUUGAUAAUCGUACAUAGAAAUCUUAAAAGGAUAAGGAGGAUAAUAAAUCAAGGAUUAGUAAUGAUUAGAAAACAAAGGAAUCUAAAAAGAAAUAGGACAAAAAAGUUUAAAUUCAAUCAGAAUCCAAAUUAUAAAUAGAUGAUUAAUUAGCUAUUCCAGACAAGGCCAAUAAUAAAUUCAUUGAAGAAUUGAAAUAGAAAAAAGAGAAGGCAAACAGACUUACAUGCAAAGUCAAUGAAAUUAAUCCUUCUUUAUUGAAAUCAUCCCCCAAAUAAGAAUAAAAGAAAUAAAUAACAAAUGACCUGUAAGAAGUUAAAUCGUUUGAUGAUAAGUAUCAUUAUUUUAUAAAUUCUUAGAAACCCACCAGCCAACUAUCUGUAAUAAUUGGAUCCAAUUGAACUUAAUCCAAAGAACUACAAAGGAGUUCCUGCAGAUUGGUUACAUAGAAUACCAUUUGCAGGUAAAAAGUAGGAGAUUGUGAAAAAUGGAUAAUAAACUAGGGAGUGUUUCGAUUAUGGAUUUUGA